AGCAAGGAAUCGCGUACAGGAACAUCACUGGAACUACACUAUGUCUUUCUCCAUCCUCGCUCAGCUUGCGGAACAAUCCAAGCAGCUUACUAGCCACAUUGGUGGACUACAGUUGCCACACAUUGAACGUGGCAUUGAUCAGAUUGAAAACCAAUCUCGUAAGCUUGCUGCGAAGGCAUCAAAACCAACUGAGAUCACGGACAACAAGGCACAUUUUUUCCUAGCCAAGGGAGGCAUCGACGCCAACGCCAUCAAUGCCACAUUGAAUUCGAUCAACCUUGCAACAUUUGAGCCAUAUCAACCAAUUCAUGAUACAGACACAGAGGCUUUCUUGCGCCAUCAACAUGAGCAAAUUAUCAUCAACACAAUUGACGAGAGUAGACGCGAAACAGUCAUGGACUUUGACUCGAAUUUUGAGACAUCCUUGAACUAUGAUUGGGAGCGUACGAAGAAGAGGAUCUUUGAGGAGCUUGGUCACCAGGGCCAAGGCUCCGGAUCUGACAAGGAUCUGGGCCAAUCCACUGGCUUCCGUGGAUCAUCUAGCUUGGGUCUGUCACAGAGUUCGGCAUAUUUACCGGGAUUUAACAAAAACCCAACCUCACCAGAUAUCGUCUUCAGUAAACUGAAGCCUUAUUACAAAGUCGUUUAUGAUUUCUGCGAGGCGCGUCUUCAAGGAACUGCGUUUCCUUUGGCAGCCAGCUUUGUUGAGGCAUCUCAGGCAGCUCAUAAGGAUCAACCCAAUCCCAAGAUUCAGGAGACUUGGCAAUUGUUGGUAUCGGUUUUAGGAGAACAAGAAUUGUUUAACGGACGAUUCCAAAGCAAGACGUUGAAGGAGCGGGCAUACGCUGAUGCCUAUCUCAUGUCGCCCAGAAAAAGCCCAGCGGCAGCAUUGUUGCGUGAGCGUUUGAUCAAGGGAUCAAAGACAUUUUUGGAAAAGCAAUUCAUGAACCACAUUGAGGCAUCAGUGGCAUCAAACCCAGCAGAAGCCAACCUUGGUGGCGUUCCAUCGCUCCUGAACACUGUUCGCGCAUUUGUACAGCUGAAGUAUCUCCGAUAUGGAUCAUGGUCUCAGCCCAAUCUUGAGAUUGCAAAUGGACAGGCUAUGUGGGCGCAAAUUUAUUACCUUCUCAGGACGGGUCAUGGUCAUGAGGCACUCAAAUUUGCAAACGAAAACGAAGGAAGCUUUACUCCUGCUGAUCGUCAGUUUGUUACAUAUCUUGCAGCAUAUUUGGAAAGCGAAGAUCGCACGUUGCCUGCUCCUAUGCAGGAAAGGUUACUCUCUGACUUUAACCAAAGAAUUCGCUACAGCUCAGAUACUGUCGAUCCAUACAAACUCACCCUCUACAAGAUCAUUGGUCGCUGUGAGUUGAAUAAGCGCACAACUCCUGUUGUUGGGGCACUUGAAGAUUUUAUCUGGCUACAGCUUUCCAUGAUCCGUGAAUCAAAAAAUGAUACCAUGCCACAGGAUAAAUAUGAACUUGCUGAUUUCCAGGCUCUUAUUCUUAAAUAUGGCGCUAAGCAAUUCAACCCUAAUGGAAACAACCCUCUGCAAUAUUUUCAAGUCCUCAUUUACUCUCAGCAGUUUGAGCGGGCCAUUCAUUACCUUUCUUCAUUUAGAGCGUAUACUCUAGAGACAGUCCACAUCUCAAUUGCAUUGACGUACUACGGUUUACUUCGUAUCCCUUCAGUUCAUCGAGUAUCUGAUCCCAACCCAUUCUCAAUCACAACCGAUGCACAUGGCCAAGAAGUUGCCCAUUUCAAUUUUACUCAGUUGAUUCAUUAUCAGGCACGCAUCAUCGCCGAGCACUACCCUACUGAAGCUCUCACAUAUCUGUACUUGAUCUGUCUUAAUACAGACUUGACACCCGCUAUCAAUCAAGAACAUAUUUCACUCUGCCAUAGUUACAUUCAAGAACUGGUUUUACAGGCCAAGGACUACUCAACACUUCUGGGCAACACUAGACAUGGCAUCAAGACACCAGGCGUCAUCGAAAAAUAUCUUCCAUUGAUCAAAAUUCAGAAUAGUAGUCAAUUUGUCAAGGAUAUUACCAUUGAAGCGGCUAAGAGUAAAUCCAAAGAGGGCCGUAUCGAAGAUGCCAUUCAACUUUAUAGUAUUGCUGAAGCCUAUAACCAAGUCGUAGAACUGUUGAACAGGCAACUGGCUGAGGCCAUCUCCAAUCCUGGUUUGCAAGGAACUAGCGAGUCUGGCGUCAAUAUUCCUGCGAUUAGACGGAUGAUUAAUGAAUACGUGAGCGAUCCCAAGGUGAAUCAACAGAUCGUCCCUAAAAACUUGGAAACAUGCAGCAUCUUACUUAGACUGGUUGAGUUCACAGAAUUAUAUGACAGGGGCAAGUAUGAAGCUGCAGUUUCAGUCAUCAUCGAACUGGAUCUCAUUCCGCUUGAAGCAGACAUGUCUGUUAUUGCCAAGAAAGCAGACCAAUUCCAAGGUCUGGAUGAAUGCGUCGCACGGAAUUUUCCCGAUGUGUUGCUGAAAACAAUGGAGAGCUUGAAUAGGCUUUACCAGGCACUCAAAAACUCGCCUUAUGAUGAAGCCGGUCGACGGGGUAAUAUGGAGAUGCUAAAGAGGAGGGCACGAUCCUUAAUGAUGUUUGCUGGCUCUAUCAAGUUCAGGAUGCCCGCGGACACGUAUGCUAAACUCAACCGUCUUGAUGUUAUGAUCGUGGCAUAAGUGUUAUGUGUCCCAAAGCUGCACUAUUCCGCAGCACGGUAAUGGCAACGAGGGAUCAACAGGGACACAAUUCUUGCUUGAAAUAUAAACUAGGCAUUCAUAAAUAAAAUAUUAUUUUGCUGAGC